UUUCACUAUAAUUUCAUGAUAUGCACGGUAUAUAUGCGAGAGUUGUCCGUAAUCUUAUUUACUUAUCCUAACCUAACCUAUACUAAGAAGUGGCGAGAGUGCAAAAUAUAUCCACCCACCAUAUCAUGCUACUAUACCUAUAUAUACACUUUCUGUGCAAACUGCAAAGCCACUAGUAGGCUACUACGCGUUUGUCACGAUUUGGUUAUGUUUUCAUUGUCAGAACCAGAAGCAACGAAGAUAGACUCUUCGUUGCCAGAAGCAUAGACAUAGUCAGAAGUUGUAAACUGUAGAUUAUAAUUUUGUUUCUGUGUACAUAGUACAUUCCUUAGAUUAAUAUUUUACCAAAUAAAGAAAUAUCCUUUCUACAAUGUCAAGAACGGGAACAAGAUUAGAUGCUAAGAAAGUCAAUUCGGAAUUGUUCACACUGACAUAUGGGGCUCUGGUAGCUCAAUUGCUGAAAGAUUAUGAAAAUGUAGACGACGUCAAUAAACAGUUAGAAAGAAUGGGUUACAAUAUGGGAAUCCGUUUAAUUGAAGAUUUUUUGGCUCGCACAGGUUCAGGAAGAUGUUACGAUUUCAAAGACACAGCAGACAAAAUUCAGACAGGUUUCAAAAUAUUUUUGGGUAUUACACCAACAAUCACUAAUUGGAGUGUCACUGGAGAUGAGUUUUCUCUGUGCUUUGAAACGAAUCCACUUACUGAAUUUGUUGAACUGCCGGAUCAUUGCCUAAGCUUAAAGUACUGUAAUUUAUUACCUGGAGUAUUACGAGGUGCAUGUGAAAUGGUACAAAUGGAAGUUGCUGCUUGGUUUGUUCAAGAUCAGCUGAAAAAUGAUAAUGUGACUGAACUUAGAGUGAAAUUUAUUAAAAGGUUGGAAGAUGCCAUUCCUGCUGGAGAAGACUAAGUUAUUCAAAUCAAGUAUCAUUAAUUAAUGUGUAAAAUAAGUUGAUUUACGCUAUUAAUGUUAUAUUAUUGAUCAAGUAAUUGUAUACAAAAACAGUUGCAACGCAAUGUAUUACACUUAUUUAUCUUAUAUAUGUAUAAAAUUAAAAAGGAGGUUUCAUAAAUAGAAAUGUUUUUUACAAAAAAA